CGGCGGCUCGCGCGUCGUAGGACGCCCCGGAGGAAAGCGGAGCCCGCGGGCCGAAGCAAAUCUCCCCCACCACCGAUUCCUGCCUCGUUCCGCGCAGUUAUGUCUCUCUCGCCAUGCCCUGUCUCGCGGCGCACCUGCUCCUCUCCGCUCCGCUGCUGCUACUGCUGCUCCGCGAGGCUGGGGCGCUGAGGGCCGCGCGGGGUGGGCUGCAUCCCCCCGGCCUCGCCUCGCCCUCGGAGCACAAUGACAUCGACGCACAGGCGUCCGCGCACAGGGGACGGCAGGACGGCACCACCGAGCCUCCAGAGCCCUCGUCACUGACCCUGAAGGUGUCGGUGAAGGACGCAUCCAGCCAGAGGUUCCUGAGCGGCGCAGCUGUCCUGGUGUUUGUGAACGGAUCGCGGCUUCGCUCCAGCCGCACCCAGGAUGGCGGAGAGGUUCUCCUCACUGUGCCCUACCAGCUGGGCGCCACCCUCACUCUGGUGGCGAGCAUGGACGCCUACGUGCCCUCUCAGUUCCGUUGGAAGACCACGAAGAUGCCCAUAUUUUCUUCCGUUACAAUGUCCCUCCUGCCACAAACCCAAGGCAACAUCUGGCUCUUUGAAGACAAUGUGUUGAUAACAAGGAAAACAGCUGAUCUGUCAUCUCAGCCAAACGUGCAGUUCCCCAAGGACCUCAUCUCGCUCCCAGAGAACACGACCAUCUCCAUGGUGACUGCCUAUCUGACAGUCACAGCCACACCCCCAGAGAAGGACAGCCACUUCUCUACACUGGGGGUCGUCAACAACAAAGGAGGAUACAAGAGUGUGAAACUGAGUCCAGUGGCAGUGCUCAGCGCUCAGCUGCUGUCCGGCGGGAAACAGCUGGAUGUCAGCGGUCCCGUGCAGAUCACUGUGCCUUUACCGUACCACACCCGCCUCCGAGCCUCCGACACACUGCCUGCCUGGGCUUUCGACAUGACCACAGGUACUUGGGUGAACAAAGGCAUCGGCUCUGUUAAGAUGGGAAAAAAUGGUCUGGUGUGGACCUACGUGGCCCCUCACCUUGGAUACUGGAUGGCAGCGUCGUCUCCCAUGUCUAACGGUUACAUGGGACAUGCAGCUUCGAUGGAUUUCAUCUCGUACCAUACGUACCUCCUCGUGGGCAUUUUGGGUGGCACUCUUGUGAUCAUCAUUGGAUUUUUAUCUGUGAUUUUAUGUCACUGCAGAGAUUUGAGCCAUGAGGUUGAGAGAAAACGAUGGAACUCCACUCGUCUGUCAGUUCUAAAGAAAGACCAGAUGACAUCCACCACCUUGGAUGAAGCCCGUGGGCCAUUGUACCACAACGGCGACAGGACCUACUCAAGAGCCGUGGGCCAUCCUGACGCGUCUGCCUCGCCUCGCCAUCAGGCCAGCUAUAACAUUUACAUUGAAAAUGUCUGUCGUCCUGGAGGGAACCUGUAUGAGAACACUGGGAGUGCAGGACUGGAAAACCUCAGGCCUCCAGUAUCCAAUCUGUACGUAAACGGCGAGGAAGCAGCCAGGCUUAGGGAGAUUUCCGAGAAGAGUGGCUCGCGGCAGGCUCCCGAAGAGAACGUGGUAUAUCGAGAUAAGCUGUUCCACAUCUACAACCAACCCGUGGCCAUCGUGCAGACUCCAGAACUCUUCGGCGCCCAGGUACAGGCUGAUUCGGCUGGGAACAGAAGUGCCACGUUCCCCCGCAACGGCUUGGAGCACGGAGCCCAGACCGAGCGCAACUUCAAAGACAGCUUCACCCAGACACUGCCCAAAGUCCCUCAGCAGGAUAGCGAGGACCGUGCUGCUUUGGAAGGCCCACCGACUUCCACUGCCAACCCAGGAAUCUGGGGACGCUACAGCCACUUGCUGGAGUCGGUCUCCGUCCCAGGAACCCUGAACGAGGCAGCCGGAAUGGGUCCAUUCCACAGUGACCUGCAGGGGGUGUCCGAGCAGACGCUACUAGAGCUGUCCAAGGCCAAGCCGUCUCCACACCCUCCUCGGGCGUGGUUUGUGUCCUUGGAUGGCAAACCGGCAGCUCAAGUCCGCCACUCCGUGAUCGAGCUCCAGGGGAGGCACCGGCCGGGCAGCAGCAACGACACCAGCCUGGACUCCGGGGUGGACAUGAAUGAGCUGCAGCAGUCAUUGCGGAAGAGCGAGCGUGAAGGCCCCUCCGUUGCCAGCAUGCCCAAAGCCGCAGGGGGCCGCGGCCAAGAGGAGCACGACUUGAGCAGCAGUGAAAUUGGAAGUCCCGAAGAUGCGUCCCUGAGGAACACCCUGGAGGGCAGCAGCGCGGCGAUCCCCAACAUCCCCGAGGACAGGGACGCGGGCGACACGUCGAGCGAGUCCAGAUCCACCCCUCCACCUCGCAGGCUGAGAAAGGUACGAGACAAAAGGCCAGAUAAGAAAACGUCCCGACACGUGCGGGAUGAGAGGCCGCAAACAAAACGCUAGCCCCACAUCUGGCCAGCCUGCGCGCACAGCCUGUGUAGAGCUUUUUGGUGUUUGCCAAAUGUAUCUAGUUUCGAUCGACUUGCCUUAUAGUCUUUUCAUCAGGAAGGGUGCCAUGAUUUAAUAAAACAACAAAAACAAACCAGUCUGUCUUACCCUUUGGAGCGUAGCUUUCUAAACGUGAGUUUCCGUAGUCUUUGUGUCCCUCCUACAGCGUAGCUUCAGGUCUGACGCCAGCACAUCAUUGCUCCAGACGCGUUUGCAUACAGAGUCCCGUGUUUACAUUACAAGAUUGCAUUGCCGUAGCACACGUACUUGCAUUCACGUUCACCUGUUUUUCACUGUGAGCACAGCAUCUAUAUCCACAGAGCUUUUCCGAACGGAUGAGGAGUCCGUGUAAGGAAGUGGGCGUUUAUUUUAGGAUGACGACGACGAUGAUGGAGUGUAUGCGUAACGUGCUCUGUUUUUAUCUUUAGUUCAGGUACAGAAGAGACAUAACUGCCACAGAGUGCCAUGAUAUGAGUAACAACACAGCACUGUACAAAUUCCCAGCACAGAAUUGCAGUACGUGUCUAAUGUUGCGAAACGCACAAGAGUCACAUGCGUUGCGUGUUUCGUCUGCAUGCAAGGGACUCAUUUCUGGCAAGGAAAGGGAGUUCAGGAAGAGGAACCUUUGGGGACGUAGGGUUUUUCCAUUACUUAUUUAAUGUUGUUUGCAUGCAGCUCAUCAUUUUUACAGGACAAUUUAAUGUUGUGUGUGAGAAUGUAGCAGCAAAUACCAGAGAUUUUGCUCAGGUUCCGUCCUGUUUUACAAGGCCCUAAAUAUUUCAACCUAUUUGAUUAAAAUAGAAGGUUAUAUGUACAUAAAACGAGUGUGUCCUGACUCUGCUUUUUUGUGCAUAUUGUUUUGGUAGACAAUAUGAAAGUGACCAAUAGUCUAAAAUCUGUUUCUUUACUGAAUGUGCUGGUUUGUAUAGUUUUUUUGUUGGUGGUGUUGGUGUGUUUUUAUGUAGCAGAUCUUUUUUGCUGAUUGUCAAAACACUGGUAGAUGAUUAUGGAUUAGCGGAAGAAUUUGACGGGUAAUUUCAUUUGACAUUACAAUGAUAACAAAUAGAUGUGCAUGACUGAAAAGAUUGUUUUCUUUGUAAGUAGUGUAAACCACAUUUUUACAAACACUUUUCAUAUUGUAUUGUGUAUUAUUUUUAUUCAUUUAAAAAUAUGUAACUUGUAAACAUACCACUUCUAAAGGCGCUUAAGGGAAAAUUCUCCCAUUCCUUGAAUGCUUUGCUGACCAACGUGUGCUUUGCCCUUUUUGUGCACAUCAAUAAAGGAACUACCCAGAU